AUGGCUGACCGCGCUCCUCCCCUCCGCCUGGGCUCUACUGCCCCCAACUUCAAGGCUCUGACCACCAAGGGCGAGAUCGACUUCCACGAGUGGAUUGGCGACAAGUGGGCUAUUCUGUUCUCACACCCUGCGGAUUUCACACCAGUCUGUACCACUGAGCUCGGCGCCUUCGCCAAGCUCGAGCCCGAGUUCACCCAGCGUGGUGUUAAGUUGAUUGGACUGAGUGCCAACGCACUUGAUUCCCACGAGGAGUGGAUCAAGGACAUCAACGAAGUCGCCUCGACUCAAGUCCAAUUCCCAAUUAUCGCAGAUGCUGAGCGCAAGGUCGCCUUCCUCUACGACAUGAUUGAUGCUCAAGAUUUGGAGAAUGUGGACAGCAAGGGCAUCGCCUUCACCAUCCGCUCCGUGUUCAUCAUCGACCCUGCCAAGAAGAUCCGCCUGAUCUUGGCCUACCCUGCCUCUACUGGACGUAACACAGCUGAGGUUCUCCGGGUUGUUGACUCUCUCCAGACCGCUGAUAAGAGAGGUGUAACCACCCCGAUCAAUUGGCUGGCGGGCGAUGACGUUAUUGUGCCACCAACAGUUAGCACCGAGGAUGCCAAGAAGAAGUUCGGCGAGAUCCGUGAAGUGAAGCCUUACCUUCGUUUCACUACUCUUAAGGAUCAGUAA